AGCAUGAGUUCCGUCACGUUUUUUUACCAUUACACGUGUGUAGUAAUAGAAGUAAUCCUUCUUUUGAGGAGUUCUUCCUCCAAAGAACUGUUACAGUGUUCAUGUGCAUCAGUCACCAGCAGUACUAGUCCCAAUGGAACCUUUAGCAAAGCGGAAGUGUGUGGAUCCAAGUUUGGAAGAUGCAAGUUUAGCAAGUGCAGACCAUCCGCUUGGUGAUAUGGCACUGGCGGACAACCGGGCAAGUGCUGCUGUCAUGGUUGAUGAAGCCAUAACAUGUGCACACCCAUACACGACAACGACGAAUGAAUCGUCACCUUUAUCUGCAGACAUCGAUGACAACACAAUUAUUUGUGACAAAAAUCUCAAAGCGACAUUGCAAGACGACACACUUGCCCCAACGUCUCCUUUGAAUCCCGAUCACAUCAAGGUUGAGCAAAAAUCCAUAGAAUGCGUGCAAGAGCCUGUUUUACAAACAGUAAUCACAGGAGCUGAUCAGUCUGUUGGGGCACCACCUGCAGGUUUAAGUAACACACACGUCAACAUCGAAAUCAGCAAGAGUACCUCUCUGGUACAAUCCACAAGGCCCCUACCAGAUGACAAUGGUAGUGGUGGCCAACUCAGCGUGCAGAUAGAGAGGAUUCCAGUGAAAUCCCUUCCCGACAUCGAAGUCAGUGAGGGUACCUCUGUGGUACAAUCCACAAGGCCUCUACCAGAUGACAAUGGUAGUGGUGGCCAGCUCAGAGUGCAGAUAGAGAGGAGUCCAGUGAAAUCCCUUCCAAAACCAAUAGGGAAGAAGUAUGGAAAGAGCAUUGCUUGUUUCCUUGACAACCUGCGCAGUGUCGAUAGGGCGGAGUCUAGCGAUGACUCGGAAGAUGAGGUCAGGUCAGAUGCGUCGGACAAAGAGCUGUCUGUGAGCGAAACACAAGAACGUGUGUGUGGGGAUCUUAUGAAGGAGGAGGGCGACGACUUGUCUCACACAGAACACAGCAAGCCCAUCAGAGUUCUGGAAUUUACAUGUGAACCCCACCAGGUGGCAGGUGCAUGGCAAGAAUUUUCAUCGACGAAGACAAAUAACUAUCUCAAGGGUUGCAAGUGGGCACCUGAUGGGAGUUGCAUUCUGACGAACAGCGAAGAUCAUGUCCUGCGAUUGUUCAACCUUCCAGAGCAGCUCAUGAUGGGCUCGCCACCAAGCGAGGACAUCCCAGAGAUGCACUCGGCAUUAUUUGUGAAGGAGACAGACUUGGUCUAUGAUUACUGCUGGUAUCCCAUGAUGCACUCCAUGGAUCCAGCCAGCUGCUGUUUUGCGACCAGUUGCCGUGACAACCCAAUUCACAUGUGGGAUGCGUUCAGCGGUGGGCUCCGAUGCACUUACAGGGCAUACGAUCAUGUAGAUGAGAUAGCUCCAGCUUACAGCCUCGCAUUCACCCUCGAUGGCAGCCACCUGUACAGCGGAUUCAACAAGAUGGUCAGAUGUUUCGACGUGACGCGACCAGGGCGAGACUGCGAGAAGAUUCCUACACACAGUAAGAAAACGCCUGGUCAGCCCGGCAUCAUCUCGUGUCUCGCGAUGAGCCCACUAGGGGGCGUCUUUGCUGCGGGAUCCUACUCAAAGACAGUAGCUCUGUACAGCCUCGAUGGCCGUUCACUGAUAAGCUGCGUACAGCGCCAUCUGGGGGGAGUCACGCACAUGGUGUUCUCACCCGAUGGCAACAGGCUCUACUCGGGAGGCAGGAAUGAUCCAGAAAUACUGUGCUGGGACGUGCGCAGCCCUGAGCAGGUUCUGUUCUCCGUGCAGCGCAAGGUUAGGACCAAUCAGCGCUUCUACUUCGACCUAGAUGCCUCGGGGCGCUACCUAGUGUCUGGCUGCCAGCAGACGGCCUGCGUGUGGGACACUCACCAGGUGUCGCCACUUCUGUACCGAGCUCGCAGCGAGGGCGAGAUGCUCUCACCGACGGUGGUGUUCAAGGCACAUGGGGACUCCGUUAAUGGAAUCAGCAUUCACCCGUCACUGCCGCUGCUGGCCUCUGCCUCUGGCCAGCGGUUAUUCCCAUCGCCUGCCAGAGCUUGGACGAGCGACUCCAGCGAGGACACGGAUGACACCGAUGAUGGCAUCACUGCUGACAACUCACUCCGGCUGUGGUUCAUAUCGUGACGUCACGCAUCGUUUCACGAUUGCUUGCGGAGGCAUGCAAGCUUGUAGAUUAUGUUAGGUUACCCGAGUGGUUUUAUAACGCUGUAAUACUAUCACCACCUGUGUAUAUUGUCACUGCUGUGAUGAGUAUCAUGGCAGUAGUGCUGCAUAUGUGUAUGUGUAAAUAUGUACAUAUGUGUGUUUGUGGGCGUGUAUGUUUCAGCAAUUUCUUAAUAAGAAGUGAAUAUUCCAACACCAAUUUUGCAUUUAAUUCAUAGAAUAUAUAUUUUAUUUUCUCUACAAUGGCACUGUACACACAUGCUGCAUUUCAUUGUGGCAGCAGAAAUUUUCAUCUUGGAAUAUAAUCUGUUGAUUUUUCA